AUUGAGGUGAUUUUAAAUUUGUUAUUAUUAUUCAAUUUUACACGAAAAUAGGAAGAGAUAUAUUUUUUGUUGGAAAAUGAUUCAGAAAGGAAUGAAGGUAAAAGUUUUAUAUGAUUUUGAUGGUGAUCCAGAUAAUGGAGAAUUGUCUGUCAGAGCAGGGGAAGAAUUAACAGUUACAGCACAGGAUAUUGGAGAUGGCUGGUGGGAAGCAAGAAAUAGCCUAGGACACCAAGGAUUGAUACCUGAGGCUUACGUACAGUUGGCAGAACCUCCAGAGCCCUCAUUUCCACCCCCUCCACCUCCCCCAGGUCCUACUGCCCCUCCUGCAGCACCUCACUUUACAUCUGAGUCAUCUGAUGAUGUGAAUGGUUACCCUGACAACCAGUAUAAUGGAGGUCAAGGUUAUGAUAAUCAUGGGCAGACGUUACCACAACAGUCUUCACAAGAGGGAUGGGACGAUGAUGAUUGGGAUGAUUUCGACGACCAAUCGUCAACUAGUACGGCAGGUCACGACAACCAUGAUUUACAGGGUCAAGGCAAUUUUGGUUUGUCAGUUGCCAAACGUGAAAAAAUAUCACCAACCGGUGGUCCUGGUGGUGGUGGUGAAAACCUAUCAAGAUAUGGUACAGUCAGAGUCAGUAGAUUUUCAAAUUUUGCCAAGGCCGGUGGAGAGGCAUUUUUAAUGGGGCAAGCAACUCCUCCUGUACAUAUAUCUGAAGGAGAUAAAGUCAAAAUUAUUGAAACAAGAGACGGACCUAUAUGGGCCGCUACAGAAUCCUACACAUGUGAAAUCAAAUCUCCAAAGAAAGAAUCCAAACUUAAAGGACUUAAAAGUUUUAUAGCAUACCAAGUUAUUCCAUCAUUUAGUAAUAUACAAGUUAGCCGACGAUACAAACAUUUUGAUUGGUUACAUAAAAUGUUAAAAGAAAAGUUUAUAUGUAUACCUGUGCCUCCAUUACCAGAUAAAGCUAUUGCAGGUCGAUAUGAAGAUGAUUUUAUAAAUGAGAGAAUGAAACAGUUACAGUAUUGGAUGGAUAGAAUGGUCCGACAUCCAGUAAUAUCACAUUGUGACACAUUUAACCAUUUCCUAACCUGUACAGACGAAAAGAAAUGGAAAGUUGGAAAACGAAAGGCAGAAAAAGAUGAAUUUGUUGGUUUUAAAUUUUUCUAUACAUUAGAUACACCUCGACAGCCACUUGAUGUUAGAGAUGUAGAAAGUAAAAUGGAAACCUUUCAAAAGUUUGUUAAAGGAAUGGAUGAUAAUGUUAAGAAUUUAAUAUCAGUUUUCCAUGAUAACAGAAAAAGACACACAGGGCCUUUCAAGAAAGAAUUUUCCAGGAUUGGUGGUGCUUUUAAAGAAGCGUCAACAACAUUUAACAUGGAUAUAGGAUCAUAUUCCCGAGAUUUAACAGCUGCAAUAGAUUACACGGGUGAUACAUACAACCAGAUAGGUGAAAUGUACGCUAAACAACCUGAAAAAGACAUUGAUCCCAUGCAUGACAUGCUAUAUGAAUAUAAAGGAAUAUUGGGUGUGUUUCCAGAUGUUUUAAAAGUUCAUGAGGGAGCAUUAAGUAAAGCUAGGGAAUGUGUCAAACUACAGGAAGAUGGAAAAAUGCAAGAGAACGAAGUGACAAAUGUGAUACAACAAAGUGACAUUAUAUCGUACGGUACUAUGGCCGAAGUUCAAAACUUUCAGAGACAAAGAGUAGCAGACUUUAAACAUACUAUGCAAGUGUAUUUGUCAGGACAAAUAGAAUUCUACAAAGAGAUCACCAAAAAGUUAGAAGACACGCUUACCCAUGUGGACAGUUCUUAGCUAUUCUCUGCGCCAUAACUUGUUACAAGCUUACACUAUUUGCAUUAUCUCGACUUGCUGCGGGCUCAGAUGUGUCAUCUACAGUCUACUCCUUGAUGACAAUUUUUGAUGCGAGCUUAGAGAUAUAAUGAGCAGGCAGAAGAGUGAAAAAGCUAAUUCAAUAAAGGAAUCGGAUUUUAUGCGACAGUGAUUAAACAAAUGGAUUGAUUAGUAAUUAAGAAAAGAACAUCUUCCUCUAUUGCAGAUGAAACUCAUCAAAAUCAUUUAUAUCUGCUGUUAAGAACUUUUAAUUGUGUAAAUUAUUCAUAAGUGUCAUGUUUGUAUGAUUUAAGAUUUAUUUUAUUGUAUCAUGAGUACAGCAAUAGUUCAUUUUCCAGUUGACAACUUUGUAUCUAAUUUUAGAAUUUGUUUGCUAAGGGGAUCAAUACUUAGGUUGACAAACUGUAUCUCUGUCUAUAAAGAGCCAGUAGAAAGAACAUAUUAUGUGUAAGUGCAAUA